GCCAACUGUCAGGUCAGGAAAUUAUCAACAACACCAAGGCCUUUUUAUCAUCCCUGCAAGCCAAAAAUCUGAAUCGAAAUCCAGCUGAUGAUCCAUAUGGAUUACUCCUGAUCCCAAACAGGUUCUUGCAAGUUUUCUCCCUCCUUGCUCCAAUGGCUGCCACCGGCUUACGCUUCCGGCCGGGCACCUUCCUCUAUCCAAGAAGAGCAAAGCCUCACCACCAUUGCUCACCUCAGAGGGUGCAUGAUGCAAGAGGGAGGAGGUGCCUUCCCAUGGCUAAGUCCACGAAUGGACGCCCACAGAUCAGUGCCUCCUUCAGAGAUGUGGCGAUAGAUGGGAAGGCGUCCGGAGACGGGCCGCCUGAGCAGGGAGGAGCCACCGUCAGCAUCACCGUCGUCGGCGCCUCCGGCGACCUCGCCAAGAAGAAGAUCUUUCCUGCGCUUUUCGCCUUGUUCUACGAGGACUGCCUCCCGGAGCAUUUUACAGUUUUUGGUUAUGCUCGUAGCAAGAUGAGCGACGAAGAGCUCAGGAACAUGAUUAGUUUGACUCUGACGUGCCGGAUUGAUCAGAGGGAGAACUGCAGUGACAAGAUGGAGAAGUUUCUGAAGAGAUGCUUUUAUCACUCUGGACAGUACAAUUCAGAGGAAGGCUUUUCUGAACUGGACAGAAAGCUUAAAGAAAAAGAGUCUGGCAAGGUACCAAACAGGCUCUUCUACCUGUCGAUUCCACCAAAUCUAUUUGUCGAUGUGGUAAGAUCUGCUAGCCGCACGGCAUCUUCUCAAGACGGUUGGACACGGUUCAUAGUCGAGAAGCCAUUCGGUCGCGAUUCCGAGUCGUCAGGCGAGCUCACUCGAUCCCUGAAGAAGUACCUGGCCGAGGAGCAAAUAUUCAGGAUUGACCAUUAUUUGGGGAAGGAGCUGGUCGAGAACCUCUCGGUGCUUCGUUUCUCCAAUCUUGUGUUCGAGCCACUGUGGUCGAGGAACUACAUCAGGAAUGUGCAGCUCAUAUUCUCUGAAGAUUUCGGCACCGAGGGUCGAGGCGGCUACUUCGACAAUUACGGGAUCAUCAGGGACAUAAUGCAGAACCACCUGCUGCAGAUCCUGGCCCUGUUCGCCAUGGAAACCCCGGUCAGCCUCGACGCCGAGGACAUCCGCAACGAGAAGGUGAAGGUGCUGAGGUCGAUGAGGAAGCUGAGGCUGGAGGACGUGGUGGUGGGGCAGUACAAGGGCCACGCCAAGGGCGGGAAGACGUACCCGGCCUACGUGGACGACCCGACGGUGCCGGCCGGCAGCCUCACGCCGACGUUCGCCGCCGCCGCGCUCUUCAUCGACAACGCGCGCUGGGACGGCGUGCCCUUCCUCAUGAAGGCCGGCAAGGCGCUGCACACGCGACGGGCGGAGAUCAGGGUGCAGUUCCGGCGGGUGCCGGGGAACCUGUACCGGCGGCGGAGCAGCGGGACGGAGCUGGACAAGGCGGCGAACGAGCUGGUGCUGCGGGUGCAGCCCGACGAGGCGAUCUACCUCAAGAUCAACAACAAGGUGCCCGGGCUGGGGAUGAGGCUGGACAGCAGCGAGCUGAACCUGCUCUACUCGGAGAGGUACCGCGGCGAGAUCCCCGAUGCCUACGAGCGCCUGCUGCUGGACGCCAUCGAGGGCGAGCGCCGCCUCUUCAUCCGGAGCGACGAGCUCGACGCCGCCUGGGCCAUCUUCACGCCGGUGCUCCGGGAGCUCGAGGGCAGGAGGGUCGCGCCGGAGCUCUACCCCUACGGCAGCCGGGGCCCCGUCGGCGCGCACUACCUCGCCGCCAACUACAACGUCCGCUGGGGUGACAUCAGCAGCGACACCUAGCACGCACCUACUACAGUUCCCGUGCUUAAUUGCUAUCAGUUUUACGGAAGACCACGCGGGGUGAAGGUAUAUCCGUUACUUGUAUGUCAUCUAAAUAGUCAUAAAAAAUUGUCAAACAAAUUAACAAGAUAUUUUAAUAUGAGUUAUAUCACU